GGCCGUAAGUGCGGCUGGGCCGGAGUCCCGGGCGGCGGUGCUGUACGAGGGCGGUGCUGGGCAGGGCGGCGGCCGCUCCCUCCCGGCCCUGGUCCCGCCUGGGAAGGGAUGCAGGGAAGCCCUUGGGCGCUGCGCUCCGAGGCAGGAGACGGCGUCCCCCUCCGCCCCUCGACUCCUGGCGCCUCAGAGCCCGGCCCAGGCCGCGGAACGGUGAUGCUCGGGCCGGACGGGCGGGCGCGGCCUCCUGCGUCCCGGUCUUCCUAAAGAAAGAAAGAGAAGGAGACUGAAUUGGGAUGAUAACAGAAAGUUCUAGAGAUCCAGCUGAAAUGUGUAUCUGAAAUGCAAGCUCACCGGGGCAGAGACCUGUGGAUUGCCGUACGCUGCCCUCCGACCCCGGAUCAUGAAGGUGUUGGGAAGAAGCUUCUUCUGGGUGCUGUUUCCGGUCCUUCCCUGGGCAGUGCAGCCUGUGGAGCACGAGGAGGUGGCGCAGCGUGUGAUCAAACUGCACCGCGGGCGAGGGGCGACCGCCACUCAGAGCCGCCAGUGGGUCCGGGACAGCUGCAGGAAGCUCUCAGGGCUUCUCCGCCAGAAGAAUGCAGUUCUGAACAAACUGAAAAAUGCAAUUGGAGCAGUGGAGAAAGACGUGGGCCUGUCAGAUGAAGAGAAACUGUUUCAGGUGCACACAUUUGAAAUUUUCCAGAAAGAGUUGAAUGAAAGUGAAAAUUCCGUGUUCCAAGCCAUCUAUGGACUGCAGAGAGCCCUGCAGGGGGAUUACAAAGAUGUGGUGAACAUGAAGGAGAGCAGCCGGCAGCGCCUGGAGGCCCUGAGAGAGGCUGCAAUAAAGGAAGAAACAGAAUAUAUGGAACUUCUAGCAGCAGAAAAACAUCAAGUUGAAGCCCUUAAAAAUAUGCAACAUCAAAACCAAAGUUUAUCCAUGCUCGACGAGAUUCUUGAAGAUGUAAGAAAGGCAGCAGAUCGUCUGGAGGAAGAGAUAGAGGAACACGCUUUCGACGACAACAAAUCAGUCAAGGGGGUCAAUUUUGAGGCAGUUCUGAGGGUGGAGGAAGAAGAGGCCAAUUCUAAGCAAAAUAUAACAAAACGAGAAGUGGAGGACGACUUGGGCCUUAGCAUGCUGAUUGACUCCCAGAACAACCAGUAUAUUCUGACCAAGCCCAGAGACUCAACCAUCCCCCGUGCGGAUCACCACUUUAUAAAGGACAUUGUUACCAUAGGAAUGCUGUCCUUGCCUUGUGGCUGGCUAUGUACAGCCAUAGGAUUGCCUACAAUGUUUGGUUAUAUUAUUUGUGGUGUACUUCUAGGACCUUCAGGACUGAAUAGUAUUAAGUCUAUUGUGCAAGUGGAGACAUUAGGAGAAUUUGGGGUGUUUUUUACUCUUUUUCUUGUUGGCCUAGAAUUUUCUCCAGAAAAACUAAGAAAGGUGUGGAAGAUUUCCUUACAAGGGCCGUGUUACAUGACACUGUUGAUGAUUGCGUUUGGCUUGCUAUGGGGGCAUCUCCUGCGGAUCAAACCCACGCAGAGCGUCUUCAUUUCCACCUGUCUGUCCUUGUCGAGCACACCCCUCGUGUCCAGGUUCCUCGUGGGCAGCGCUCGAGCUGACAGAGAAGGCGACAUUGACUACAGCACCGUGCUCCUUGGCAUGCUGGUGACGCAGGACGUGCAGCUCGGGCUCUUCAUGGCCGUCAUGCCGACUCUCAUACAGGCGGGCGCCAGUGCAUCUUCUAGCAUUGUCAUGGAAGUUCUGCGAAUCCUGGUUUUGAUUGGUCAGAUUCUUUUUUCGCUAGUGGCGGUUUUUCUUUUAUGUCUUGUUAUAAAGAAGUAUCUCAUUGGACCCUAUUAUCGGAAGCUGCACGUGGAAAGCAAGGGGAACAAAGAAAUCCUGAUCUUGGGAAUGUCUGCCUUUAUCUUCUUAAUGUUAACGGUCACGGAGCUGCUGGACGUCUCCAUGGAGCUGGGCUGUUUCCUGGCCGGAGCGCUGGUCUCCUCUCAGGGCCCCAUGGUCACCGAGGAGAUCGCCGCCUCCAUUGAACCCAUCCGCGACUUCCUGGCCAUCGUUUUCUUCGCCUCAAUAGGGCUCCACGUGUUCCCCACAUUUGUGGUGUACGAGCUCACGGUGCUGGUGUUCCUCACCUUGUCAGUGGUGGUCAUGAAGUUUCUCCUGGCGGUGCUGGUCCUGUCUCUCAUUCUGCCGAGGAGCAGCCAAUACAUCAAGUGGAUCGUCUCCGCGGGGCUUGCCCAGGUCAGCGAGUUUUCCUUUGUCCUGGGGAGCCGGGCACGAAGAGCGGGCGUCAUCUCUCGGGAGGUGUACCUCCUUAUACUGAGUGUGACCACGCUCAGCCUCUUACUCGCCCCGGUGCUGUGGAGAGCUGCAAUCAUGAGGUGUGUGCCCAGACCAGAGAGACGGUCCAGCCUCUGAUGCACGGAGAUGAUGGACCUUGGAAGGGAAGCAUCUGUGGGGAGUGUGCGCUUAAAUGGCCAGCAGCUGCUCCUUCUGGGAAGCUCGCACCUUGGCAACAGAACAGCUCUCUAGCAAAGUGUCGGUGCAGUCGUGUUAUCCUGGUUUUUACAGAAUAUUCCUGUCCCAUUUUAGAAUUUUCCAGAGUAGUUUAUUUGCAGUCAGUUGAUUAUGUGCAGUAGACCCGGGACGCUGCAUUUUACCAGUCGCCUUGAAUGUGUUGCCUGGAUGUGCCUUUUUUUUCCCUGAAAUUAAUUAUUAUUAAUUUUCUAUUGUGAGUUCAUCAUAGUUUUUUUAGUAAAGAAGCAAAAUUAAAAGGCAUUUUAAAAUGUGCAACUUCUGGCUGGGCGUGGUGGCUCACGCCUAUAAUCCCAGCACUUUGGGAGGCCGAGGCGGGUGAAUCACGAGGUCAGGAGAUCAAGACCAUCCUGGCUAACAUGGUGAAACCCCAUCUCUACUAAAAAUACAAAAAUUAGUCGGGCAUGGUGGCGGGUGCCUGUAGUCCCAGUACUCCGGAGGCUGAGGCAGGAAAAUGGCGUGAACCCGGGAGGCGGAGCUUGCAAUGAGCUGAGUUCGCACCACUGCACUCCAGUCUGGGCGACAGAGCAAGACACCGUCUCAAACAAACAAAAAAAAAGUACAACUUCAGAAUUAUAAUCUAUUGGUCAAUAUUUGUUAUUAAACAUUUCUGUAAUGUGAAGUUGUAAUCCUAGCAGUGAGCUUGGAAGCUUACUUUUGAUUCUUAAAGCCUAUGUUUUCUAAAAUGAGGCAAAUAUGGAUGUCUGUUUGCCUUUUAUUGUAACUAUUUUAAAUGAAAUAAUUUCAUGUCAAUUUCUAUUAGUUAUGUCACUUAAAAUAUUUGGUUUUAAAUCGCAAGAAUAUGUAUUCUUUAAUAAAGAUAAUUUAUGAUCAGGGUA